AUGCCUCUGACGCGUAAACGCGUCAGAGGCUUAAAAGAAGAAAAGCAGGACAUUGAUGAACCGGAUUGUACCAUUUCAGCCGAAUCUACCAUAUUUCGUCCUUCAACAAGUACAUAUAUUAAAACAAAUAAAAUUCGAAAUUCUAUUCCUCAAAAUAUUCAAACAAAAAUUGACUCGUUCGUAUCAAAACCAAUUUCGCUUACAAAAUCAAAACAAAUUGAUAACCAAUUAGCUAUUGUAAUAGCAAAAGAGUUUCAACCGUAUAGCUUGGUCGAGAAUAAAGAAUUCAAAAAAUUUGUUAAAUUAUUAAAUCCGGGAUACACAUUGCCUUCAAGAAAAACCAUUUCUAAAUGUAUUAUUCCUCAAUUGGUAGAAAGGAUAAAACAAAAAAUAAAAGUUAAUAUUAAAAAUGCCGAACAUAUUGCGUUUACCACGGACGAAUCUCAUACAGCUGUAAACUUGUCCGAUUUUAUGAACAAAUGUUUUAUUGAAUGGGAAAUACAAGAAAAAAUUAAAGUAGCAGUUAGUGACAACGCAGCAAAUAUUGUAGCUGCAAUUAAUUUAAAUACAAAGUGGCGUCAUUUACCUUGUUUGGCUCAUAGUAUAAAUUUAAUAGCACAAAGUGGCUUAGGAGAAAUUUCAGAGGUUCACAAAAAGGUAAAAAGUGUGGUAGAAUUUUUUAAGCGGUCUUCCCAAGCGUAUACUAAAUUAAAAAAUACGCAAAUUCAAAUGGGUUAUCCCACAUUGAAACUAAUUCAAGAUGUCGCCACGCGCUGGAAUUCUACAUAUGCAAUGUUUCAAAGAUGUAUUGAUUUAAAAGAACCUUUAGUUUCAACAAUAGCAGUAAUGGGCAAUCCGUUUAAUGAAGUUAUCAUUGAACUCAGCAGUGAAAAAGAAAUAUCCAUAUCAAAAGUUCUUAUUUUAGUUAACAUGUUAAUAUCUCAUUUAAAAAUAAAAAAACAAGAAAAAGAUUUGCCUCAAAAUAUUUAUCAUAUGGUUGAAAAAAUGGAAUCCAAAGCAGACAGAAAAUUUCAAAACAUUAAUAUGCAACGGAUAUUAACAGAAGCAACAAUUUUAGAUCCGAGGUUCAAGAAAAAGGGUUUUAAUUCUAUUACAUCAUACCAACAGGCAUAUCAAAAAUUAAUUCUUGGCGUAACAUCAAUAACAUCAAAUCAAACACUUCAAACUUCAAAUGAUAAUGUUACCAUGACUACUGAACCCGAAAACUGCCGACCUGAAAAAACCUUGGAAAUAUGGAAAGACUUCGAUGCUCAAGUAACUACUACGACUACUAUUACUACGCCAAGAGCUCAAGCUAUUUUAGAAAUAGAUAGGUAUAUGAACGAACCAUUAUUAUCCAGAAAAUUGGAUCCGUUAAUUUAG